UAAAUUUCAGAAGAAUUGAGGUUCCAUUCAUUCUCCUCUCUCUCACUUGUCACUUGUGUUUUCCCCAAAUUUUCACUCUGUCCAAUUUCCCUCCAUUUUUUCCCUCUGUUUUACUUUCGAUCUUUACCAAACUCUUUCAAACCUCUCUUUCUCUCUAUCUCCCCUUUCUAUCUCCAUCUUCCAACUGCUUUUUCAUUAAAUUCGCGGAACAGACAAAGGUGCAGGUCCAGAUCUUUGAUACAGAUGGUUCCAUGAAUGCAUGAAAGCUAUCAAACUACCCUAUAUUGAAACAAUUGGAAUUCGACUUGUAUCUUUAGUUGAUUUCUUGUUGGGAUUGAUCAAAGCUGUGAUUUAACUCCUUGGUACCAAGCUUUACCCAUAGCUUUUUUUCCUGAGAACUUUACCCAUUACUAUUACAUAAGUGUGUGUAUAAAGUUUUUGUUUUACAAAAAAAUUCAAUGUGGAUGCAGGUUCAAGCACUCAAGUUAUAUUGUAUGAUCUAGAAGAAAACUUUCUUUUCCUAAGACUAAGAUAAUUUGGGGUAUUUCAUUGCUAGACAAUCUUGUAUCUCUAUACUAUCAAUGGACUGCAACAAAGAUGAGGCUCUCAGGGCCAGGGAAUUGGCUGAGAUGAAAAUGAAACACAAUGACUUUGAAGGGGCUCGAAAAAUUGUGCUGAAGGCACAGAAUCUUUAUCCAGAACUUGAGAACAUUUCCCAGCUACUUAGCAUCUGUGAUGUUAAUUGUGCAGCUCAAAAAAUGGUGUCCGGAUCUGAAAAGGACUGGUAUGGAGUCCUUCAAGUUGCAAAGUUUGCUGAUGAGAUGGCAAUCAAGAAACAAUACAGGCGGCUUGCUCUAUUUCUCCAUCCGGAUAAGAAUCGAUUUUCUGGCGCAGAGUCUGCUUUUAAGUUGAUUUGUGAAGCAAACGCGGUGCUUUCAGACCCCCAAAGGAAGUUUUCAUAUGACCAGAAGAUCAGGGCAACGGUUAGAUCUGGUCCAGUAGUUCCCCCACAUCACCACUUGAAUAGAAAUUAUCAAUUUAACAAGCAAUAUGGAGCCGAGAUCAAAGUUACCAAUGCUUUUCACAGUAUGAACCAACAUCAAACCGCACAGUCAAGCUUUUCUGUCAGGCAGGACGUAUUCUGCACAAGUUGCCCAUUUUGUUGUUUAAAGUACCUAUUGAAUAGAGAAUUCGUUAACACAACUUUGCGCUGCCAGAAAUGCUUAAAGAACUUUAGUGCUUUUGAAACGGCUGGUCAAGGUGUUCCCAUGGAGACUUCUCCGAAUCGGGGAAGUAAACAGGGUGUUCAAAAUGGAAAGGGAUUUUCGGCUUCAGAAAUGGCAUCUCAGUGGUGUGCCAACAAUCGAACAGUCCGACCCCAACCAAGUGUUCGGACAGAAAGUAUUUUCAAAGAUAAGGGGGUAGGAAGGGCUGCAAAGGUCAAUGGGGACUUGAAGGCCAAAAGAAGAGAUUCUGGCAUUAAUAAAAGAAAGGGGAGAAGAAGGGGUUCAGAAUCUAGUGAGAGUUAUGACACCUCCAGUGAAUAUGACUUAGAAGAUGUCUAUGGUGUUGCAACUGAGCUGAAUUCUGGACCAACUAAUGUUCAUGUUCCACGAAGAUCAUCUCGGAAGAGGCAAAACGUAUCCUACAAUGAAGGUGUGGGUGAUGAUGGCGAUGAUGAUGAUGAUGAUGAUCUUCCUAUCUCGCGCAAGAGAUCUCAUGGAAACAAAUUAUCAGAAUCUGUGAAACAUGAGAAUCAAAGUGGUUUACAUGCUGAUACAGAUUUUUCCAAGUCUGAGAGUAAAGAAACAGGAUCUGUCUUCCCUGAAGGAAGGCCCUAUGAUAAGUCUGACAGUGACAAAGGAGUCAAGAAAAAGGGUGAAGGCUGCUGUACUUCAAACAUCGGUGCUGAUGCAGUUGAAACUGAAACCAACUCUGACAUGGAUGCACAUUCUGGUGAUGAUUCAGAUAAUAACCACGGUCAAUAUGAUGAUCCAGAAUUUAAUGAUUUUGAUAAGGAUCGUGAUGUCAACUGUUUUGCUUGUAACCAGUACUGGGCUUGUUAUGAUUCAGUUGAUGCCAUGCCAAGAUUUUAUGCAAAGGUGAACAAGGUACAACUCUCUCCAUUUGAGUUGGUGAUCACAUGGUUAGAAGCGGAUCCUGCAGAUGAUAUUCACAAAAAAUGGGUUGAUGAGGAUUUGCCUGUUGGUUGUGGUAAAUUUAAGGUUGGGACAGUUCAGAGAAUGUCAAAUCGCCUCACAUUUGCUCAACAAGUGCACUGUGAGAAGGGUAAGAGAGGCUCUUUAAUCAUACAUCCGAGGCGAGGGGAAGUUUGGGCUAUUUUCAAGGAUUGGGAUUUGAGCUGGAGCUCCCAGGCUGAUAGUCACAGAGAGUACAAAUAUGAAGUUGUGGAGGUGCUUUCAGAUUUUGAUGUAGUAACUGGUGCAAGAGUUUGUUACUUAGAUAAAGUUGGAGGAUUUGUGAGCCUUUUCCAAAGAAGUAGCCAAAGCGUCACUGAGUCUUUUAUGAUAGGGCCCAAUGAAGUGUACAGAUUCUCACACUGUAUUCGUUCUUUCAAAAUGACAGGCUCUGAAAGAGGAGGAGUACCAGUUGGCUCUUUUGAACUUGAUCCUGCCACCUUACCUCUGAAUCCCGAUCACUUGUGCUACCCUGGAAAAUCAAAGAUGGGGACCGAUAAUGUGGGGACUGGAGCUAACUGCGAACAACCAAAGUCAGGUUUAGGAAAAGGUAAUUUUGUGGGAUCCGAUAGGAAGGUGUUUGUGGAUUUGGAGUGUUCUGAUGGGUAGAUUUAUGAAGUUCAGAGAAUCCCCCGCGGAGAGAUUUAACUGUACAAGGAAGUAUAAAUAAAUAUCAGUAAAGGAACGAUCAUGCAGUCUGAUGGAGAUGAAAAGCAAGCUGUCGUGAAUGAUGAAGGGCUAUAACAAGCUAGAAGAUGAAGCUAGCAGAUUUGUUGGAACUGCCUUGAGAUCACAAGCAUGAGAAUGUGCUUUCUUUUGUUAUCUUAUUGAAUGGGAUCUUUAACAAGCAGCAGCUUUGAAGGUGAUAUGUAUCACUUUUAAUUAAAAUGAUGAUAGUGUAGCUGAAAUGAAAUAUAUUUGACCUUGUUCUAGUUGGUGCGACUCUUUUCUGAUUUCUGUUGCUGCUCCUUUGUUCUAAUGCAGAGUUCUUUAUUGUGUUCUUUUCA